AUCCAGACACCCAUCACGAUGUUAUUGUGGGACUCUGCUCCCUGGGCUCCUGUCCUCUCUCCUGUGAGACUGUGGGCAGCUCUGCUGCUCCUGGGAACAGCUGGUGGUCGAGCUGUGUUCCAGAGCCAACCAAUGACACUGCAGUAUGAGGGAGGAUCACCUCCUGAGAGUGUCAGCAACCAUGACAAGCAGGACUCCAGGACAUCAAGCUUCAGCUCUCACAUCAGCCAGACCUCUGGGACAGAAUCAGAGGGAUAUUCUUAUAAGACCUUCGAGGGCUAUACUUUCAGCAACCCCUUACACUUGAUUGUAUCAUAUGAUUGGCUGAUACUACAGGUCCCGGCCCAGCCUGUGUUCGAGGGUGACUCUCUUAUCCUUCACUGCCUGGCAUGGGGGGACUGGCCUCUGUCCCAGGUCACCUUCUACAGAGAUAGCUCAGCCUUGGGCCCCCCCGGGCCUGACCCGGCAUUCUCCAUUGGCAUGGUUCAUGCAGUGGACAGUGGGCACUAUCACUGCAGUGGCAUCUUCAAGAGGCCUGGCCCUGGAGCCAAGAAGGCAGCUGCUGUAUUCCUUAGAGUACAAGAGCUGUUUCCACCUCCAACAAUGACAGCAACCCCUUCCACAAAGCCCCAGGAGGGGAGCCAAAUGACCCUGAGCUGUGAGACAAAGCUGAGCCCCCAGAGAUCAGCCUCCCUGCUUCACUUCUCCUUCUACAAGGACGGCAGGAUGUUUCGGGCCAAAGACAGGUCCCCAAAAUAUAGGUUCCCAGAAGUGCAGCUGGGAGACUCUGGGUCUUACUGGUGUGAGACAGCCACAGAGGAUGGCCAGAUCCGGAAGCAGAGCCCCAGGCUUGAGAUUCGGGUGCAAAAUUCUUCCUCAAGAAGCCCUCCAAGAGCAACUGCUCCAUCUACUUCAGAUCCAACUCCUAAAAAACCAGCAGUUCCGAAACCAGUUCCUCCAGAUCCCCAAAAACCACCUCAAUCCAGUCCCCCUUCUUCAGAGAGCCAGCCUUCUGAUGGUACAUGCUCCAAACCUCUUCUAACAACGCAAGACCCCUACCUGAACUACCAGAUGCAAAUCCUGCUUCGUCACAUGCAGGAUGUAAGAACCCUGUUGGGCCACGUGGUUCUAGAACUCAGGGAUCUCUCUGGCCACCUUCAGUCCAGGGCUUCAGAGGCAGCUGAAGGGCCAGCCCCCAAGGCCCAUGGGGCUCCAGGAACUUCAAAGGGGCCACAGAGGGAAUGAGCCUGAGACUGGACUCUCAUUGUGAUAAUAGGAUCUGGGUCUUGAGUCUUUGUUUCUAUGGCUUUUGUGUCCCCAUCAAUUCAUGCUUUUCUACAAUUCUAGGUGGGGAACAUUUGGUCAAAUUUGUGUGUGUGUGUGUGUUUGUGCACGAGUGUCAUAAUUUGCAUUCUUCUAAUUCUGGGGCAGGAAUUAGGACCAUAUGGUAAGAGAGUCCUGAGAAGAUUGUUAUUGAGAACCUUCCCUCACCCCACACAAGACACAUGGGCCACCAGAUGGCUAUGAAGACAAUCAGGCUUCCCUGGACACAUUGGCUCUCAUGUCAGUGAUGAGGGUUUGAAUGGAAGAGUUUUAGACAAUUCUAUCAGACCUCUCUACCAUAACCUCUGUGUGGGAUGGAAGACCCUCACCAAUUAAAAUUUAAUUUAUAAUAAGGAACCUUCUCAGGGUGUGAACAGAAAUAAAUUUUAUUCCAUUCUUGAGAAUAGGGAGUCCUCUGCCAGCACAGAGCAGAACCAGCAAAGGAGGCAAAGUACAAAAUGCAAAGCAU